GCCAUGAUGGAAGCUUGAGAGUUUAACAGGGGAGAGGAGAAGCGGAGGAAGUGGACAUGACUGAAGAGCGUACGGAAUUGCUCCUACGCGACAUUUAAAUAACGAGUUUUUACCUUUCUUGGUGGAGGCUGUCACUUUUCAUUUAAUGUGUUGGAAACCGAGCAUCGCUUGACGGUUGAAAUUUUCGAUGGCUUUUAUAUUUUUAAGGAUGUGUAGACGAGCUAGCCGCGGAAGCUAGCGGCUAACGUUAGUCGGAGAACCUUACAGACGGAGCGCGAGUUGAGCGCGAGCUGGGCUCUGUCAAACCCUUCUUGAAGUGCAAGCGCCCGGAGAGGAUUGUCUCUCCGGCUUUUCUCUCCAUCACGGCGGCCACGGUGAGACCAGAGACUUGCCGUGAAUUAGAAAUAUCGCAUUUCGUGACGUGUGGAGUUACUUGUAUCUUCACCCGGGGCUCGUCUGAGCAGAGGAGGGCAUUUUGGAAGCCGGGCCUGUGGUGGUUUGGAGCGAGGCCCUUGAUGAGAGCGCACACUCAAUUCUAGUUAACGUUAUCAGGUGAGCUAGCAAAGGACUGCAAAACGAGCAGACCGGACGACCUACCGCGCAAAAAGCAACAAUACCCUCUCUCACACUAAAUACGUUAAAGACUCCUGUCACAGCCAUGGCUGGGAUCAUAAAGGAAUUUGUCAGCCGCAACAAAAGGAGAUACCAGGCAGAUGGCUUCGACUUGGACUUGACCUAUAUUUAUCCUAAUAUAAUUGCUAUGGGGUUUCCUGCUGAGAGACUCGAGGGUGUCUACAGAAACAACAUAGACGAUGUAGUGCGGUUCCUCGAUUCGAAGCAUAAAAAUUAUUACAAGAUAUAUAAUCUAUGUGCGGAAAGAAAUUAUGACGCUGCCAAAUUUAAUUGCAGAGUUGCACAGUAUCCUUUCGAGGACCACAAUCCUCCCCAGCUAGAGCUUAUCAAACCUUUUUGUGAAGAUUUGGAUAAGUGGCUCGGUGAAAACGACAAUCACGUGGCUGCCAUUCAUUGUAAAGCUGGAAAGGGACGUACGGGUGUCAUGAUUUGUGCGUACUUGUUACACCGAGGCAAAUUCAAAAAAGCCCAAGAAGCUCUGGAUUUCUACGGUGAAGUAAGGACCAGAGAUAAGAAGGGAGUGACUAUUCCCAGUCAGAGGCGAUAUGUGUACUACUACAGCUACCUUCUGAGAAAUAAGUUGGAGUACAAACCCGUUGCCUUGCUCUUUCACAAGAUGGUGAUUGAGACUGUGCCUAUGUUCAGUGUAGGAACCUGCAGGGAUACUGCUGUAAAAAGCAAGAGCGAGCAGAUUCCACAUGGGUUCAGAAAAACCAAUUGGCAUUGGGAUCCUCAGUUUGUGGUGUACCAGCUGAAGGUGAAGAUCCACACUUCCAACCCGACACACACCAAGAGAGAGGAGAAAAACAUGUUCUUUGAGUUUCCUCAGCCGCUUCCGGUGUGUGGAGAUAUCAAGGUGGAGUUCUUCCACAAGCAGAACAAGAUGCUGAAAAAGGACAAGAUGUUUCACUUUUGGGUGAACACCUUCUUCAUCCCUGGACCAGAGGAGAGCUCAGAGAAGGUGGAAAACGGAGGUUUAGUGAAGGAACUGGAAGGGAUCCAGACCACAGAACGAGGAGAGAAUAAAAAGGAUUAUCAAAUCCUGACCUUAACCAAGAAUGACUUGGAUAAGGCGAAUAAGGAUAAAGCCAACAGAUACUUCUCUCCAAACUUCAAGGUGAAACUUUACUUCACAAAACCAGUGGAGGAGCCAUCCAACUCUGAGUCCAGCACUUACACAUCUGUAACCCCGGAUGUUAGCGAUAAUGAACCGGACCAUUAUAGAUAUUCUGACACGACGGACUCGGACCCAGAAAAUGAACAGUUUGACGAUGAGCAGAUUACAAAAGUUUGAAAUAUUUUUAUGGGAAGAAAUACAAACCUAAUAGAAUUGUUUAAAGGAGAAAACUUGAAUAUGAACUGAAAGCAAGUACAUUUUUUUCCAAACAGAAGUAGGACACGUCACGUUAAAACGCCACCAGUUUUUAGGGACAUAAAUGCUGACCAAUUUUUUUUUUAAGUUUACCCUUCUCCAUGAAGUAUCAACACUGAUGUUCUGUGGAUACAAAUGUGACAGUAGAUGUUAUGUAAAUACAUUUUCAUGCCGUAAGGAAAAAGGAAACCCAUUUAGGAUGGGAGAUGGUUUGUGGGAGAAUCCAGUGGAGAUCUAAAUGUGCUGCUCCGUCACCUGUUGAAAUUAAGGCCAGUGCUUAAACCUUCAUCAUUUUACGCUUCUUUCCUACCUACUGUGAAGCUCUUAUGCUGUUGGAACGCCGGCAUGUGUCAUUUGGGUUCUGUUGUUCAGUGGAAACCAUUUUUCGCUCUGGAUUCAUCAUUAUUACUACUGCAGCUGUGGUGGUAAUGGUUUUUCAGAGCUACAUGACAUUUUGGCAGAAAACACUGCAAAUAGCACCACCGUGUAUUAUCCUUUUCCUUUCUUUUUAAUGCAAAUCUACACAAACAACAGGGAGACCAGUGUUGCAAUAAUGUUAACACUAUAGCUCAUCCAAGAAGGUGUGCAUGUUAUUGGAAUCCAUAUUGUCAAAUAAACGCUAUACAAUGUUUUCUAAAAGGUUUCUAAAAGUCAUUUAAAACGUGAGGAAGUCCUUGCCAUCCCACCAUGAGAUUUUAAUCUGUAAACGGUCUUUAAACUGCACUUCAUUCUAUAACUCGCAAGUUCCCCAUUUUCAACUGGCACAUGUUUCAUUUUCAGUUCGUAACGGUUUAUGAUCUGAGCUUAAAAUAGCUUCAGACUGUUCUUUAACAUGUUGAGUCAAACUUGUGCUAGGGCUACGAUGGCCCCAGGUCACUACAGCGGCAAACAUCUCCAAAUCUGCUAGAAGUGAAUGCGUUAGCUCUUCUGUAAGUCAUGCAAACUUGGGCAAAGUUACGGCUCAUUGCAUGAGAAGCCCUUCUGAAUGUAUCAACCUUGGAUGCAAGUUCUGGUUCGACAGCAUUCACAAUCUUCUCCAAGCUGUCGGACAUCAGAGCUCUGGCUCUCUGUUUGUAGCCUAAUGGUGCAUGAGCUAAUGAAAUCUGGAUCAGCCGUUUAUCCAGCAAUGGUGCUUACAAACUGCAGACUGACAAUGCAUAGUCAUUUAGGAGCAAAUCUCAUGGUGCAUUCAAACGUGCUGCGAUGCGUCGUAACUGUUAGGUGCACUACGAUGUGCGUAACCAAUAGUCUCCAACGUUCUGAUGUCCAAGCUUAAAGUUGACAUGGUAUAAUUUUGUACCUCUUCUUGAACAGGCCUCGUUCCAGUUUGGACUGUUAGUCCAGCUAGUGCAGCUACAGAUUUUACACAGUCCUGUGCUUGCUUCAGAAAUAUUAAAACCCUAUAUAUGAGAAUAUUUUAAUGUAUGAUUUUCUUUUAAGCAUGCCAACUUUUUUUUAGCACAUCUGGCUGAUUAUGUCGGACAACUAACUAAAAAGACAAAAACGUCUCAGUUUCUUGGGCAAGAAUCUUCACUGAGGGUAGUGAGUAAGCUGCCUCUUUCCUGUACUGUUAACAUUCAGGCUUCACACUCGUCACCAGCCCACCGCACACGUUGUACAUCUCGCCUUCCUUAAAGAAUAUGCGUCCCAGACAUGAGGAGGAAACUGCCUUCCUUCAUGUGAUUGUACACUAACCAACCCAGGAUAAGAAAACUAACCUUUUAAGGAUUCUCUUUUUUGUUUACAUUUCAGAUCACUGAAAACAUGCCAAAAUUAAGCUUGAUCUUUUUUGUGGAGGCGGGGCCCACGGGAGGUAUUCUUUUGCUUUACUUGAAGUUGACAAUGCUUACUCUUCUACGGCUUUGAUACCUACCAUUCUGCCCAAGCACUGACUUUUAUUUAAAGCUACUAUACGAGAGCAACAUAUUGUACUAGACGUGUGCACUGUUACAGGUUCUUGCAGGGUUUCAGUCAGCGGUCCACAGUAUUUUUUUAUAAUUUUUUGUUAGUUUGUCAGUUUAAUUUUUCUAUGGAAAUGCUCGCAGCAAUCAGACAUACGAGAGCAGAGGAUGGAUUCAAAUGUCCAUGAAUUUUUGCGCUGCGCAUCAACAUAGAAUCAAAUGUUAUUGACUGAAAUGUUUUUUUAAGAAAGCAUAAAAGAUAAAAAAAGAAUCAAUUAUUUAUGAAAGUAUUCAUUCAUGUUCUGACCGAGACCCUCUGCAGGUUUUCCGUUAUGUUACAGUCAUCCUUAAAGUGGGCAAACUGCAGAUGUUUGGUGCUUUAAUGUAUGACAUCACAUAACAUCCAGUCCAUUUCUGCCACAAAACCCCAGUUUAAUUUAGACAAUUUAGCCGCAGUACCUUAACGUGCAAAACCUCGGAUCUCCCUUACGUGGCACGGGCGCGUGGAGCUCACAGGCAGCAUCGAAAAUUAACUUAAAAGCUUUAAUGAAAAACAAGACGUCUUUAAAGGUGCCAGUGUAUGUUUCAUGUCACUAUUAGCGGAUUGGUGCAAUAUGUUGUUAUGAUGCCUGUGGUUGCCACAAAGUGCCUCUUGUUUACAGCUGAAGAAAAAUUGCUUGCUUUAAAAUCUGUUGUAGAACAUAACGUCGUGCAUGUGGAUGGAUGGGGUGGUACUGUGCACUAAAUCGUCCAGCUAGACCUGCAGCAGGGGGCCCUUUCGACUUCGGUCAGGCUUCAUUUGAAACAAUUCUCUCCCCUAGAGGUUUUUUUUAAGUUCAUCAUGUAAACUCGGUAUAUUUUGGGUCUUUAAGAAAACAGCCUUACUCCAUUUCAAGCCUGUUCAGAUACUAUUGUGCUGUGCAACAGUUGCUCUGUGUGUGAUUGCCUAUGCACUGAGUACACGAACCAACCAUGUAUGAAAUAUUGUACAGGUAAUCAUGUUGCUCAUACACAUCACAUGUUUGUUUGUAAUUGUAUGUGUAAACUGCCCUUUAUCUUAGUGUUAUAAACUCCACAUAAAUCCAAUAAAGUCUCAUUCUCUUGUCA